GGCGACGGCGGCGGUGGCGGCGGCGGGUGAGGCGCUGGAGCCGACCCGGGCAGCAUGGUGAUGGCCGAGCCCCGGCGGCUUCCUCCGGCCGCCGCCGCUCUGCUCCUACAACCCCCGCCGCCGCCGCCGCCGUCGUCGUCGUCGUCGCCGCCUCAGCCUCAACCGCCCCGAGGCUCUUCGGUGCCGGUGCGCGUCGGCUUCUACGAGAUCGAGGGCACGCUGGGCAAGGGCAACUUCGCCGUGGUCAAGCUGGGCCGGCACCGCAUCACGCGCAGCGAGGUGGCAAUAAAAAUCAUCGACAAAUCUCAGCUCGAUUCUGUCAACCUGGAAAAAAUUUACCGGGAGGUACAGAUCAUGAAAAUGCUGGACCAUCCACACAUUAUCAAGCUUUAUCAGGUGAUGGAGACCAAAAGCAUGCUGUACCUUGUGACAGAAUAUGCCAAAAAUGGAGAAAUAUUUGAUUACCUGGCCAACCGGGGACGUUUGAGCGAGACGGAUGCCAGGCGCAAAUUCUGGCAGAUCCUCUCAGCUGUGGAAUAUUGUCACGGCCGGAAGAUCGUACACCGAGAUCUCAAAGCCGAGAAUCUCCUGCUCGAUAACAACAUGAAUAUUAAGAUAGCAGAUUUUGGGUUUGGAAACUUCUACAAAAGCGGGGAGCCUCUGACCACGUGGUGCGGAAGUCCUCCUUACGCAGCUCCCGAGGUCUUCGAAGGCCAGCAGUACGAGGGGCCGCAGCUGGACAUUUGGAGCAUGGGCGUGGUCCUUUACGUCUUGGUUUGUGGCGCUUUGCCCUUCGACGGACCGACUCUCCCCAUCCUGCGGCAGAGAGUUUUGGAAGGAAGGUUCCGCAUCCCCUAUUUCAUGUCUGAAGAGUGCGAGCAUCUCAUCCGGAGGAUGCUGGUUCUGGAUCCAUCCAAGAGACUGAGCAUUGCUCAGAUUAAGGAGCACAAGUGGAUGCUAAUGGAGGUUCCGGUCCAAAGACCCGCGCUCUAUUCCCAGGGGCAAGAGAACGGACCUCCCAUCGGAGAAUACAACGAGCAAGUCCUGAGGUUGAUGCACAGCCUGGGAAUUGACCAGCAAAAGACCAUUGAGUCCCUGCAGGAUAAGAGCUACAACCACUUUGCUGCUAUCUACUACCUGCUGGUAGAGAGGCUGAAGUCCCACCGCAGCAGCUUCCCCAUCGAUCAGCGGUUAGACUCUCGCCAGCGGCGACCCAGCACCAUCGCCGAGCAAACCGUCGCCAAGGCUUCUGUUGCACCUGUAAACUUGCACUCUCAAAACCUACGGCUCCGAAGGUCUCCUGGCCUCCCUCCGACAGCCGAGGCCUUCUCCUUCUCCAGAUCCGUCUGCCAGGCGGAAACGGCUUUCAUGGAGGAAGAGAGAAUCGACACCCCCAAAGUGAACGGCUGCCUGCUAGAUCCUGUCCCCCCAAUGAUGGUAAGGAAGGGGUGCCAAUCCCUCCCGACCAGCAUGAUGGAAACGUCCAUCGAUGAAGGGAUCGAAGCCGAAGGGGAAUCUGAAACGGAUCCUGCCCAGGCCUUUCCAGCGUUGCAAGGAUCUCGCGGUGGGAAGAGGCGACAUACCCUGGCAGAAGUGACCAAUCCCCUCUUGGCCAUGCCAGGCCCAGGAAAAGUCUUCUCCAUGGAGGAGAACCAAUCCUUGAGCAGCGUUGACUCGGAAUACGACAUGGGGUCUAUCCAGAGGGAUUUAAACUUCCUGGAAGACACCUCCUCCUUGAAGGAAAUGGUUCUGGCCAACCCGCCAGCGCCGAGGCUGACCCCCCCUUUCAUUGGCCUGAGACCGCCUAAUCCAGCCAUGCAGGCGUUGGCGGCCCACAAGCGGGAAGCCCACAACCGUUCCCCAGUCAGCUUUCGAGAGGGGCGCAGGGCAUCGGACACCUCCCUGACACAAGGAAUUGUAGCGUUCAGGCAACACCUUCAGAACUUGGCCAGAACCAAAGGCAUCCUGGAGCUGAACAAAGUCCAGUUGUUGUAUGACCAGAUGAGGUCCGAAGACGAACUUUCUCUGGAAUCCGCUUCUCCUCACUUACAAGACCUUGAGAGUGGUCCCCAGCAGGAAGAAGCAUCCUUGCCGCAGGAGGCAGCUUCCACCUUCCCCAGCAGCCUCCAUCCCCCGUUGCUAUCCAGGCGUCAGAGCUUAGAAACGCAGUAUCUGCAGCACCGGCUUCAGAAGCCCAACCUGCUUUCCAAAGCCCAGCACGCGUGCCAGAUGUUUUGCAAGGAGAUACCUCGGAGCCUGGAACAGCAGCUGCAGGAGCACAGGUUGUAUCAGAAGCACCUCUUCCUCCAGAAGCAAUCCCAGCUGCAGACCUACUUCAACCAGAUGCAGAUCGCCGAGGGCACCUACUCCCGAUCCAGCCAGCUGCCCCUCCCUUGCCACGAGGAGCCCCCUCUUCCUCCUCCUCCUCCUCCUCCUUCCCAGUUCAGCCUGGUGCAGCCCUUGAGCCCCGUCAUGGAGCCGCCAUCUGCCGAAGACAUGCAAUACGACCCUUUCCUCAGCCAGUAUCAGAAGCUGCAGCUUGGCCAGCAACCUCCCACCGCCCUCCACGGCUCCCCCCCAAGUUCCACCCCAGCAGCAACAGUAUCCCUACCAGACUUGCGAAGGGCCGCUCGGCCUCUCGCCCGACUUAGACUAUGCCGGCCAGCCUCCGUAUCCCCUGGAGCCCACUCAGCAGAGCGGCAUAGCCAUGACCAACGUCCAGAGAGGCUCGGAACCUCCAGGGUCUCAAUCCAGCUAUGACACCUUAAACCUUGCCCAGUUGCCCGGGCUCUUGGAUUGUGAAAUGAUGGAGACGGUCGAUCCCCAACAUGGAGGCUACGUCUUGGUGAACUAGCAGCUUUGGGGGUGCUUCCUUGGAGAAGGAGACGGUGGGUCGAAGUCAAGUCACACCGUGGCUGCGGAUUUCCAUCUGGGCUCUUGUCUCCCGCCUCCACGGCUGCUUCUCCAAAUCUUUGAGCUUCGCGGAUGAAGAGCCAAACACUCUGAACUGGUACUAGCGGAGGAGGGCUGAAGGCAGGCCCUGCACCUUCACACAGAACGAAGAACGACUCUGAAGGGAAGGGGAAACCCCGCUUUCUGAGAAGGAAGGGUCCUUCCAGAAAUUUCGGGUGUUCUACUCACCGCUCAAACCUCUUGUCAGAGGAAACCUGGGAGAAUUCAGGAAGAGGAGUGAAGAAUUUGCUCUACACCAUACUUGGCAAUAAAAGCAAUACAUUAUUUUUUUUUUUUCCAUUGGAAUCUGGCCGAGAGGUCGUUGACACGGAAGCCAGUCAGGAAUGUAGGAUGUCCCAGGGCUUGAGAAUUGGUCUGCUAAGCUAGACUAGGCUGCAGAUCAGAAGCGGGAAACCGUGGCCCUCUUUGGACUUGUGGACUUCACAACUCCCAGAAUUCUGGGAGUUGGAAGUCCACAAGUCCUAAAAAUUGCCAUAGUUCCCCGUUCCUGUGUAGAUGUUCUUCAGAGGACUUGCAGGAACUCUUUGGACUUCUGUUUUGUCGGCCGGAUGACUUGCUGGGAACUCCGAACCUUUGCACAUCUCGAGAGCUCCCUGGAUCAUCGACGAAAACGUCCCUUGGUCCAUCUUGAAAUUCAGCUUGGGAGUCAACAUCUAGGGAUUGUUGAGGUCCUCCAGAGAUCAGCAGGGAAGGAGAUCCAAGAGUCUGAAGCUAAAGCAGCAUCAAAGCAACCUUGGGAAGAGCUUGAUCACUGGACAAAUUGUUCUAAGCUGCCCUUUGUAGCUCUUUUUUUUUCUUCUUCUUUUUUUAGAGGAAGCAAAUCUACUUGGACUUCAAGAGUGUGCGUUGUUCUUAGGCUUUGCAUAUUUGGGCAACUAUUUAGGGGUGUAGUGUUUUAAGGACAAAGCAGAAUAAGCUUACCAGAAAACCCAUGUGAAGUGAUAGUGCCGUGCCUUUUUUUCGGUUCUUUCUAAGACCCUUUCUUUCUCUUUUUUUAAAAAAUUCUGAAGUUUUUGGUUUGUUUUUUUUUAAAAAACCACCCCCAUCUCUUGUCUAGGCUGACACCAAAGUCCCUUCAGAGACCGGGUUCCACCGUGUGGAAUGCAGGUUUCGUGUUUCUUUUCCCCCUAAUAAUUCUUUCUGACUCACUCAUCUAUAGACCUGAUUUUAAUUUUCCUUGGGGAAGAAAAAAAAAAAGAAGUAUUACAGCAAUAUUUAGGAUCGGUAACCAUUGACUCGUUCAUCACUUCAACAGGUGUCUGCUCUGUAAAAGCAUCGGCCUCCCUAGGAAAGACACAAAUAUACUACGAAUUUAUUUCAAGAGGAGUGGGGUGGGGGAGGCUUAGCAUUUGAGACAGACCGGUGGGUUGGAAGCCUUCUGUUGAAACUGGGUAAAAAUUGAAGCACAACCUCUCCAUUUUUUUAAGCACAAACAAAAAAGGGUCACUCAGCAAAAUUAACCUGGUAGAAAGCAAAGGUUUCGUUCCUGCGAUCCAUUCUGGCGAUCUGCUGGCCCAUUUGAUGCCGUAGGAGAGGGUUUCUCAAAUCUUGGCUGUUUUAAGAUGGGUGGACUUCCAACUCCCAGAACUUCCCCCUAACCAGGAAGUUAGGGGGAAUUCUGGGAGUUGAAGUCCACCCCGUCUUUAAACGGCCAUGGUUGAAAAACCCAGUUGUAGGGUAACUGCAAUAAAACAUUUGGGGGAGAAGCCAUUCAGCCCCAAAUAGCCUAGAUCUCUUCCGCUCUGUUUUGAAAAGUUUGGACCAGUUUGAAAGGAAGAGAAACAGGUUGCCCCGAUAACGAUGCCCUCCAGUCUGCCCUGCGGUGGCUCUCCAAAAUCCGCAAGAAAGAAAAUCGGUUCCGUGAAAUAACGCCCACCGGAUCUCAUCGGGAACAGCUUGAAAUGGGACCAUCCCCAGGAAGCGCAGAAGGCCCAUCUUAAUGGCGAUGUCGCUUCCCUUCCUCCUCAGCUCCAACCCCUGGGAGAAGAAGGAAUCCGUGUUUCCAUGGUGCUGGGCUGGUGGCUUUGGAAGGUGCUUUCCCCCCACCCCCAGGCGUUUCACACCCAACGGGGCAUGAAAACCUGCCUCCUUCCAUGGGGUCAACCCUUGUUCAAUUUUCAUGAGCGGGAAGAGAUCGCCCCAGCCUAAGGAAAUCCAUCGGCCAUCUUGGGGACCUCAAGGUGGAGCAGGGUGGGGGGGAAUGUAGCCCAGGUCAGCCCUUCCUUCCCUCUUUGAACCCUGGAGGAAGAUCUCCCCUUACCACCAGCCUUACAGUAGACCAGAUUGAGCUAGCAAGAAUCCUGCCAGGCCAGACACGGCAGCUCGGUUGCCACCGUUCUAAGGAGUGUUAACACACUUUCUCGUAGCAUCCCGAUUACCCAGGCAGGGGGCAACUCUGGUGCAGAAGGCUGCUGAUUUUGUGCAAACCCGCCUCUUCCCCUCCCCAUCUCUAGACUGCACAGGUAGCAAAACCCCUGAGCAGGUAUCUCUUUGCUAGAGAUCUAUUCCAGGAGGGCUCGGAAGGGACGCCAGGUUUACUGAAGGCUAGGCAACCGAGCUGAUCUGGGGCUCCCAACUCUUGCUUCCAAGGGCCCAGCUUGUGGCCAUCUGGUGCAGAUUGGGGGGGAGGCCCCUGAGUGACCCCCAGCCUCAUUCUCUUGUUGGGAGGGGUUGCUUUUUCUCCUCUCCUCCCCCACCCCCAUGUUGGGACCGAGCCUCUGAAUGUAAAACGAGUUCAAACAUCCCCUCCAUCUCUCCCUCUGCUUUUAAACAGUCUCUGGUGUUUCUGGACCCUUUUUGCUGUCUUUCCGACAAAUCGGCGAUCCAGGGAACGGGCGUUUUCCCAGCCGGGCUCACCCUGCCUCCCAGGACCGCCACCUCUUCUUCCUCCCAUGUUCCAGCUCGUUCAAAGUGUAGCCGCUUUUCGUCCAAUUUACUGUGCAGGUCCUUUCGGAGGGGUUUCGUGAACGCUACUGUUCGGUUUUUUUGUUUUUUUUUUAGGAAACAACUAGCUUUAUCCGUUGAAAAUGCAGGUCCCUUUGAAGUGACUUUGGUGAGACGUUGGGGUUUUUUUGGGGGGGGGUAGGGGGGUUUCCCCACAAUCUUUUACUCUGGAGACAAGUGCAAUAUGUGUGUGGUACGUUCUUUAAUGUAUUUUUUAAGGAAACAAAAAAGCAAACAAAAGAGUUAAAAAGGAUUUAGCCUUCGCUUGGGGAAAACCUGCACUUAAGGUUGCAAACGCCUCUUUUUUUGGGGAGGGGGGCUCCCUCUGUAGUAUUUACAUGCCGGACUCUGUCAAAGCAAUUGCAAUGUAUUAAUGCAGAAUAAAGAACAUGGACCUUC